AUGGAAGAAGAGAAGCCAACAAAAUAUAGAACAUUUAACCCAUCAAAACACAUUUUCCGCCUUCCAUUUGAUUUCAAUGAAGAUGAUAGACUUGGGCCGUGGGAUAUUCUGAUAAGCGAAGAUGCAAUAAAAAAUAUGUCGCAUUUGUCACCUCUGGAGAUUAAAGCUGUCAUAGAAAAACUAGGGGAUAUAUCUUCCGGGGCUUGGAGCAAGCACGGACUGAAACUUGAGGUUCCAUCUCUCCCAAUCCCUGUUAAUGAAACGGAACUCCAUAAUCAUGACGGCCUGAAAAUCCUCUGGCAGGUUGACUGCGGGUUUUCUUUCCGUAGCUACCUGCUUACGCAACAUGUGAAAGUUUGGACUGUCACUGCCAACCAAGAUCAGAUUGACAAGAUAUUGGAAUAUCUCGGAAUGCUUCAUCGAGUUUAUACACCUGAGCAAAUUGGCAGGUGUACCGCUCGACAGAUUGGCAGAAAUGGUAUAAUUUUACCGAAAAUCUUUUUAGAGGAAGUUAAAAAAUCCAUAGAGAAUGAGUUUUAUAAUUCUCAAAUGGACAAUGAGAGUCUGUUAGAGAUUCACAAAAUGCUUGUUACCAGUAAAUUUGUUGCUUUAUCAAAGAACUUGUUUAAAUCACUGGUAAGGGGUGGCACUGUUUUCACUUUUCAGCUAUCAAAAUCAGAGUAUGAAAUUAUCAACAAUCCCACCUCAGCUAUCAUAAUUGGUCGAUCAGGUACAGGCAAGACCACAUGUAUCGUGUAUAGACUAAUUGCCUCAUAUCUCAACAGUUCAAGUUAUCCAUUCUAUAAGACGCCGAUAUAUAAAGUCAAAAGUAGAAACACAGACAAUUCACACAUAAGACAAAUAUUCAUCACAGUGAGCCACAAUCUAUGCUAUCGAGUAAAAGAAUACUUCUACGGGUUGCAAGAAUCGGCGUUACUUGCUGAGGCAAAGAUGUCGAGAGAUCAGUUCUAUGAGUAUGCGAAAAAAAAAGAGACGGAGGACUGGAAUAUCGAUCCGAUCAAUAACAAAAUGCUUGAAGAGGAAGAUGAAGACAGGGAUUUAAGUAAAAUCCCAAACUCGUUUUCUCAGCUAAACGAUGCUCAUUUCCCAUUAUUUAUUACCUACAAAAAGUUUUCUGAAAUGCUUGAGGGGACAUACGGAAUUGAUGCUCGGCAAUCGGAAAUAGAUAAAGAUAAUGACGAAGAGGAAGAAUCUCAUCCAAAGUCAUCCUUUUUCAACACAUUUAACAAAGCAUGGGCACAUUUUGUGGACUAUGAUGUUUUUAAGAAAAGAUAUUGGAAUCGUUUAAAUAGUAAAUUUGAUUGCGAGUUGGUCUAUUCGGAGUUCUCUAUUAUUAAGGGAUCGAAUCCCGAAGGAAAGUGUUUAUCAAGAGAGGAUUAUCAGACUGUGAGCAUUAAAAAAUACCCCGCAUUUUGCCACAAUCGGGAUCAAAUCUACGACUUAUUUCAGCGAUAUGAGAUAAUGAAAGCGCGUAAUCGUGAUCACGACUCAAUGGAUCGAACGAUUGCUAUUUUACGUCGUGCCAUGGAAAGCCCACUCGAACGUCCACAUAUUCAUGAAGUAUAUAUUGAUGAAUGCCAGGACAACCAGAUUGUGGAUUUUGGUCUUAUCUUGAAAUUAUUCGUCCACGUUGACAGCAUUUUUUUAGCUGGAGAUAUAGCGCAAUGUAUAGCCAAGGGCUCUUCUUUCCGAUUCCAGAACAUAAGUGCCUUGAUGUAUGAAUGGGAACGUGAUCGAAUUAAAGCUAAUAAUAUCUCUCGCAGUGCUAUAAAACCAAAAACAUUCGAGUUAAACAUUAAUUAUCGUUCCCAUAAUGGGAUCCUUCGACUCGCUGCUUCAAUAAUUUAUCUCAUAGAGCGCUUUUUUCCUAGAACAAUUGAUAGUUUAACACGUGAGCGUGGUGAGGUUGGUGGUCCCCGGCCUGAAGUUUUUAAAGGAACUCGAGCUGAAACCUUAAAUGCCUUUUCUACUGCUGAGAAUCCUGAUAAUUAUAUCGAGUUCGGAGCUGAGCAGGUCAUUAUUGUACGUAAUGAAGAAUCUAAAUCACAUGUUAAAAACAUAAUUAGAAAAUCUGGGUUGGUGAUGACAGUGUAUGAGGCAAAAGGAAUGGAGUUUAAUGAUGUGAUAUUAUAUAAUUUCUUUACUGAUUCGCCUGGAGGUCUGAAGUGGCAAUUAAUCAACUAUGCUUUGGGAAAUAAGACUGAAAAUGCUCAGACCAAUUAUCAUGAAAAAUAUAACAUACUUUCCUCCGAACUUAAGCAUCUCUAUGUUGCAGUUACUAGGGCACGGCAACACAUCUUGAUAUUUGACGAAAGCGCAUAUAUCGAACCAAUCUGCAGAUACUGGGAGCAUCAUGGACUAGUUAAAGUGAACCGAAGUGAGGAUCGAGAAGAAAAGGAUUCUUUUCCUAAGGAUGAUAAGAAGAGCAGUUCAACAGAGUGGAAGGCGUUUUUUUCCAAGAUUGCUAAGAAGAGCAGUUUAGCAGAAUGGAACCGAGAAGGAAAGAAGUUUUUUGAAAUGCGACAGUAUGAACAGGCUAUUUUCUGCUUCGAGAAGAGUAAAAAUUGUAAAAAUCGCAAGCUAGCUGAGGCCUAUCAUCUUCGGAAGAUAGCAAGGGCCUCCAUAUAUGAUUCUGAUCGGAACACUGUGAUUUCGAAUUUUUAUCGUGCAGCUGAUGCAUUUCGAGAGUGUUAUCGGCUGAUGCAAGUGGCUUCAUGCUAUGAGGAUAUUGACAUGUAUGAAAAAGCUGCUGAAGUUUACCUUGAACAGAAUAUGUUUGAGCAUGCCGCGCAUUGUUAUCUUAAGGUUCCUAACUUUGAAAAUGCCGGAAAGUAUUUUAAAAAGGCAAAUAAGUAUACCGAAGCUGCUGGAGCUUAUCUUGAACAGAAUAUGUUUGAGAAUGCCGCGCGUUGUUACCUUAAGGUUCUUAACUUUGAAAAUGCCGGAAAGUAUUUUGAAAAGGCAAAUAAGUAUACUGAAGCUAUUGGAGCUUACCUUGAACGGAAUAUGUUUGAGAAUGCCGCGCGUUGUUAUCUUAAGAUUCAUAACUAUGAAAAUGCCGUAAAGUAUUUCGAAAAGGCAGAUAAGUAUACUGAAGCUGCUGGAGCUUACCUUGAACAGAAUAUGUUUGAGCAUGCCGCGCGUUGUUACCUUAAGGUUCCUAACUUUGAAAAUGCCGGAAAGUAUUUUGAAAAGGCAAAUAAGUAUACUGAAGCUGUUGGAGCUUACCUUGAACGGAAUAUGUUUGAGAACGCCGCGCGUUGUUAUCAUAAGAUUCCUGACUUUGAAAAUGCAGUGAAGUAUUUUAAAAAGGCAAAUAAGUAUACUGAAGCUGCUGGAGCUUACUUCGAACGGAAUAUGUUUGAGCAUGCCGCGCGUUGUUAUCUUAAGGUUUCUGAAUUUGAAAAUUCAGGAAAGUAUAUUAAAGUGGCAAAUAAGUAUGCUGAAAAUGUCAUUAAUUUGAUUGAAAGUCGCAGAGGAAACAUUGACGGGGAAACAUCCAACCAAAUCGCAUAUCUUGUUAAUAUCCAUUACCGCCGGGUGAACAACAAGACAAUGAGCGAGAAAGCUCUCUCCCUUUUUCCAACUUUGGAGAAACAAAUGAAUUUCCUUCGAGAGCAUGUACCGGAAGAGUUUCCAGAGUUCUGCAAAAAGAAUGGCCAAUUUCGUGUCGCUGCUGAAUACUUACGCUUGUGUGGGAAGUUCAAUGAGGCGGCAGAUAUUUUUCCUCGCUUAAUUAACAAGGACGAUGAUUGUAUGGAGUAUUUACGAUGCUGCUUGUGUCUAUUUAGAGUCAAAGUACUGAAAGAGACAAUGAUAGAUUUCGUGAACCUGAAUUCCUCUGAUUCCUCUGAUUCCUCUGUACUAAAUAAUUACCUUUCCAAGGCAAUUACUAUCAUUACAAAAUAUAAUGGGUGGAGGCUAAAAGAAGAGUUCCAGCUAUAUUCGGCUUAUUUGGAUUCGGAUCUCAAUAGAAUUCGCAAGUGUAUGCAAUUGUUUAGAGAGAGUAAAGAUCACGUCAGUGAGUUUCGUGCGUUAGUUAUAUGGUUGCAUAUUGAUAGCUUAAGAUCUGAUAUUCAGACCGAAAACUGGCAGGAACGAUUGCGAUGCUUAUUAAGAUUAUGUAGUCUAGCCUUUUCUUUUUUAGCUCCUCAACAAAGCGAGAAUACUAGAAAAAUCAACGAACAUUUUCAGGAUAUUUUCAUUGUAAACGAAGUUGAGAACCGUCAAAAUAAACGACAAAUAUCUUUGGACAAUCACUUCGUCGACUUUCUGAAUCAAAAUGAUGUAGAAAAUUCUGUAGAAAUUUUGGGCAAUUGGCAUAUAUACGACGAGGAGUUUUUGAACAAGAAUAUCUCGAAAUUUCUUACUUUUUAUAUCUAUAAGCAAAUCUGUGAAGCUGAUUUUAAAGGUAGAAAGAUCCAAGAUAUAAGUUCCGAAAUCUGUUUCGAGUUUGCGUCCGGUCUAAAGCAAGCUUGUCGAAAUUGUCGAAAGUGUCACAUUAUUCCAACACCUUCAAUUCUGCACAAACGUUUCUCACUUGCUUGCUUUCAGUACACUGUGAUGCAACAACUGGAUGUAUUGUACCGUCACCGAUUUCUUAAAAAGGAACAAAGUGAAAAAGCUCUCGGACUACAAAGAUUUUGGGCUGAAAAACUUGUGAAAAUUCAUAUCCGCUACCAAUCCCCUCAGACAAGCUGCCCAGAAGUCACAUAUGCAGUGCUUUCCAAACUUUCUAAAAUUACACGUGAUGGAUUAAUUGAGCUUUUUCACAAGUAUUGGUUACCUUUUGUGUUCAAUAAUCCCAAAGACUUUUCGCUGAUGCUAGAAUGCACGCUUGUUCUUCACCAAUUACAAGACAAAUGGGGGAUUUACAAAUUUGAUUCGGAAAUAAUACAAAGAUACUCGGAAAAUUAUUUAGCUGUUCCUGUUGGAACGAGACUUUCAUUAUUCUUUUCAAGUCUCGAUGAUAACUGUGUGUUAGAUGCGAUCAAGCACGUGAAAAUUUUUAUUCAAUACACUAUCGACAAUGCUGAAUUAAUCAAUAUAAAUACACAAGAUGCAUUUGGUGACCUUAUAUCGCUUAUGGAGUUCAAAACAUCUUUGGUUUUUGCAGUUGGUCCUGAUUAUUGUGAUUUUUGCCUCCCCCGAGCUUAUUUGGUUAAUUAUUUUGACGCGUUUACUGUGGAGCCGCUUAUUCACAACCAACUCUGUUACAACAGAAUUGAUUAUCGGGCUGAAAUCGAGAAUACCAUUGAUCAAGUUCAACAACUUCUUGACCUGCUGAUUUUUACUGGACAAGUUUACUUAAUCAUCAUACUCAGAAUAAUACGACUCUUGGUUCUUAUAGGCCUAAACGAACCUACUUUUGCAACCAAGAUUUUUGAUAUUUUUAAACACCGAUCUAAAUCACUGAAAGAGAGAGUAUUUUCCCCAAAGCUUGAAAAAUACUUGAAUGAAAGUAAUAUGAAUCGCCUUGCGAUCAUUCUUCACAAUGAUCUUAAAGAGAUAGAUUGUGACUCUUUGGUGAUCGUUUAUUAUAAUUGGGGAGGCUUGUCAAAAUUUUCUAACUUGGAGCAACAUGGCAUUGUGAAGCUUAAAUAUAUCACUGUUGAGGAAUUCCAUUUUGCUCUUCGACAAAUAUCACCAAUGGUUGAUCGGAAUAGUGAAAAGUUGGAAAUUUCGAAAGAAGCACAAGACUCGGCAAUAAAAAUCAAAGCUUGGUUUCGUCGAAUUCACGAUACUCUACAGGCCAAAGAAUCGGCCACCAAAAUUCAAGCCUGGUUCCGCCGUGUUCUUCAACGACAAGAAUCUCAUCAAUAUAAUUAUGAUUCAAUGUGA